AUGGGCUCGCUGAGCAGCCGAGUGUUGCGCCACCAGGGGCGAGCCCGAGCCCAGCAGGAGCCGGGUUCUGGGGCUGGGGGCUCGGCCCGGAGGCGGGAGACUGGUGGCGACGCGGCCGCCCACGGCUUCUGUUACUGUCCGGGCAGCCACAAGCGCAAGCGGAGCAGCAGGGCCUUCUGCUACUGUCACCCCGAUUCCGAGACAGACGAGGAUGAGGAGGAAGAGGACGAGCAGCAGCGACUCCUCAACACCCCUCGGAGGAAAACAUUGAAGAGUACAUCCAAAUAUAUUUAUCAAACAUUAUUUUUAAGUGGUGAAAACAGUGACAUUAAGAUUUGUGCUCUAGGAGAAGAGUGGAGCUUACACAAAAUGUAUUUAUGUCAGUCUGGCUACUUUUCUAGUAUGUUCAGUGGUUCAUGGAAGGAGUCCAGCAUGAAUAUUAUUGAACUGGAGAUUCCAGACCAGAAUAUUGAUAUAGAAACACUGCAGGUGGCAUUUGGGUCAUUGUAUCGAGAUGAUGUCUUAAUAAAGCCCUGUCGAGUUAUUGCCAUUUUGGCAGCAGCUUGUAUGCUACAGUUGGAUGGUUUAAUACAGCAGUGUGGUGAGACAAUGAAGGAAACAAUUAAUGUGAAAACCGUAUGUGGCUAUUACACAUCGGCAGGGACCUAUGGACUGGAUUCCGUAAAGAAAAAGUACCUUGAAUGGCUUCUAAACAACUUGAUGACUCACCAGAAUGUUGAACUUUUUAAAGAACUCAGUAUAAAUGUCAUGAAACAACUCAUUGGUUUAUCUAACUUAUUUGUGAUGCAAGUGGAGAUGGAUGUAUACACAGCCGGAUGUUCCUUCACUGUGCCUUCUUGGAAUGGAUCUUUAAAACAGCUUUUGACUGAAACAGAUGUCUGGUUUUCUAAGAGGAGAAAAGAUUUUGAAGGUAUGACCUUCCUUGAAACUGAGCAAGGAAAACCAUUUGUGUCAGUAUUCAGACGUUUAAAGUUACGGUAUAUUAUCAGUGAUUUGGCCUCCGCGAGAAUUAUCGAACAAGAUUCUCUAGUACCUUCAGAAUGGCUAUCUUCUGUGUAUAAACAGCAGUGGCUUGCUAUGCUCCGGGCAGAACAAGACAGUGAGGUGGGGUAA